AUGCUUGAGCCACGCGCGUAUCAGGAAGGUAGUUUGUGGUUCUAUGCCCCAAAUAAAGGUGCCGCGAUCGCCUUCGCAGUCCUCUUCUUCCUAUCGGGUGCCAUUCAUGCUUAUCAGAACAUAAAAUACAAAUCCUGGAAAGUGACCGGUCUCCUACCAUGGUCGGCGCUCCUCUUUACCGCAGGGUUUAUUAUGCGGACGAUCGGCGCCUUUGGUCAAUGGGGUAAUGUUGGUGUUUUCAUCGCUAGCAACGUACUACUUCUUGUUGGACCGCCCGUCUACGAAGGCGCCAAUUACUUCAUUCUAGGUAGAAUUCUGUACUAUAUUCCAUAUCACUCGCCCAUCCACCCCGGUCGUGUAUUCACCACUUUCGUUGCCGUUGGUAUAGCCAUCGAGGCGAUCACUGCGAAUGGAGCCGUUCGGAUCGCCGGUGCUGAUUCCACGCCCACUUCGGUGAGCACGGGUAAAGCGUUACUGAAAUCUGCUCUCAUCCUGCAGAUUGCCUUGAUGGUUGGCUUCAUGGCUCUGGCUGGAAGGUUCCAUCACAAUUGUUCCAAAGGUCGGGUGCUCAACCACAAGAUCAAACGCACCCUGAUCGUCCUCUAUAUCAGUUCUACCCUUAUCACUAUCCGAACCAUCUACCGCACGGUCGAAUACUUCACUGCUGCCAGCUUGAAUACAUACGAGGAUAUCGAGCACAUCAGUCCCGUCCUGAAGCAGGAAUGGUUCUUCUGGGUAUUUGAAGUGGUGUUUAUGUAUAGCAACACCACCUUGUUGAACGUGUUUCACCCUAUGCAAACACUACCGCGCUCAAACAAGAUCUACUUGGCCAAGGAUGGAGUGACUGAGAUUGAGGGACCUGGAUAUGAUGAUCCUCGCCCAUGGUUUGUUACUCUCGUGGAUCCAUUUGAUGUUUAUGGUUUGAUCGUUCACCACGGCAAGAAGGAGAAGUAUUGGGAGUCGAGUGAGGCGCAGCAAGGAAAUACCACUCAUGCCGUGCAGGAGGCAUGA